AGCUCUUAAAAAAGCUCGCCUCCUUUGCUUCACUGAGCGCUUUUUGUUGAAGUCUGGCGGACCUGAGUCUUCAGUGCGCUGCAGUGAUUCUUGGCUCACUUUAAGAGAUGUGCUGGAGUCAACUCUGCUGUGUUGCGAGAAGGUUUUUUUUUUUCGUUCAGAGGUUUUUAAAUUGAGAAACCCGCUCUUAAAGUGGAUCUUAAAGUUUGAUCUGAAGCUGCAUUCCAGCGGGCUCUGGAUUAUACUUUGCCAAGAGCGCUGGCCUGUCGCCAUGAUGUUCCUUUACAUCGUAUUACUCCUACUCGCCUCUGAGGGCGUGUUCUCCAAUGACUGCCCAAAAUCCUGUAUGUGCAAUUCUCCAAACUCAGUAUUUUGCCUUAAUGGGCAUUCCAGCACAAUACCCCGUGUCCCUGUCUCCACCCAAUAUCUGUACAUCUUCGAAAAUGAUAUUGUGACCUUAAACCAGGAUCACUUCAAAGACAUCGUCGAGUUGGUGUCACUAGAUCUGAGCCAGAAUAAGUUAGCUGAAAUUCCAGACAAGGCAUUCCAGUCACUGUCGAAACUGAAGAACUUAGACCUUUCUGCAAACCACAUAACUCACAUUUCCAAAGACAGUUUCUCAGGGUUGGUCCAGCUGGAGAGGCUAUAUCUCCAUGGAAACCUCAUUCAGAGUAUUCAUUGGGAAGCCUUUGAAGGUUUAGAGAUGCUGUUGGAGCUGAAGCUGCAAGGAAACAAGCUGACAUCUCUGCCUUUCCUUAAUUUUCCCAAGUUACUUCUUUUAGACCUUAGCCACAAUAAAAUCCCAACCUUGCAACCUUCAGACCUCCACACUCCCCAUCUAGAAGCACUGAAAUUGUCCUCAUUGGGGCUCCCCUAUUUGGAUGAGGAUCUCAUAGCCUCCAUGAGAAACCUUCAUGAGCUGGACUUAUCCAUGAAUAAGUUAAAUGAAGUCCCUGAAGCCCUAAAGCAGGAAUCUUUCAAGGGGCUUACCAAACUAAGCCUGGCUGCUAACCCACUUUUUGAGCUAAGGGUGAGUGACUUUCAGCAACUGGUUGCACUUCAAGAACUGGAUCUAAGUGGAGUCAAUCUCCAAGGAUUUCCUGAAAGUUUUUUUGAAAGCUUCUCCAAGUUGACACAACUGACCAUCGCCGAGAACCCGUUUAACUGCCUCUGUCCAUUAGCCUGGUUCCCUGUGUGGCUAAAAGAGAAGGGAGUCAAUUUGAAGAGAUCAGAGGAAACCAGAUGCCAUUUUCCUCUCGUUAAUGCUGGGAAGAUGCUUUCGGCAUUAGAGCACAAAGAUUUUGGUUGUCCACCCACCACAACAGAAUCUAUUGGCUCCACUGUAGAAAAUACCCCUAUUCCCCAAGUCCCCACAACUUCUACAGAAACUACCCACACUUAUGUUAUUCCUCCCCCUCCACCACCUAGUGAUGAAGCUUUUUCCUCCAUAACAGACAACCCCCCGUUUGGAUCAGAGCCUCCAGUUUCUUCUAGCUCUACUGCUGUAGAAAAUGAGUUACAUUUAUGCCCACAAAACAUUUGCCUCAAUGGAGGGACCUGCUAUUUUGACCUAAAUGGCCUCACCUGUUUGUGCUCAUCAGGAACAUCAGGACACUACUGUGAAAUUGGAAGAGAGAGUCCUGAGGUCCUGCAGCCUUCUGCAACAGAGGUUUCUGUGGUAACCUCUGUGAUGCCUGAUAAACUUGAUGCAAUCAGCUCAAGAGAGGUGACAUCCACAUCAAUACUCCUUGACCUGCACCGCUUCAUUGAGACACGGCCUAACAUCCGUGGCAUCAGGCUGACCUACCGUAACCUUUCAGGCCCUGACCGUCGCCCCAUGAUAUUGAGUUUACCAACAUCCUACCCUGAAUACACUUUACGUGGUUUGAGACCAAACUGUACCUACUCAGUCUGUGCCAGUCCCCUUGGUGAAAAGAUGAGCAUUAAAGGUAACAGCUCUGUAGACAUGGGUCCCUGUACAGAGGCUCGCACUAGUCCUACUAUAUCUGUAGAGCCUCUGGUGGAUCCAGAGACCCCUAUGACAAAGAUUCUCAUUGCAGCCAUGGCGGUCCUAGGAUUAGUACUGGUGUUGGCUUUGGUGGGUGCUACAAUCAUCUGUGUACAGAAGAAAAGGCAGGCAAAUGCAGGAAUGGAGCUAGAGUUAGGCCCAACGGUCCCUGAGGCAAUGGACUUGGACGGUAUAAAGGUUUGUCUAGAGAAUGGAGUCAGUGGUACACUACCACUCAAACAGCCAGAGGCAGAUCAUUCCCAGACCUCAGAACCACCUCCACUGCUGCGACAGAAUGGCAGUUUGGACUAUGAAGCACCCUUGAUGCAAGGACACUGCCCAUCAAAUAACAAUCUAUCAUCACUGAAGCCGUCUUAUUUCUAUUGCUGAGCAAAGUUUAGGUGGGGUUCCCAUCUUGAUUUUAUGAACCUGCCAUAGCUCUCUUAACAGUUGUUUUUUUAUGCUCAUAUCAGAUGUCCACUCUGAGAAAGGGCACUCUGUUGUGCACAUGAUGGAAAACUGAGCAAAUGAGCUAUUUAAGAGACUCAAAAUGAUGGAUUUCAGACCACAGCAUAUUUAAAAUGUGCUUAACCACAACUGGACAAUGAAGAAGAUGUGAUUGAAAUUCAUUGAACAGAGUUUGUGGAACAUCUAAUCCAAUCGAUAAAUUAAGUGCAUUCAAGUGGAAGAGUCUUCAUAGUGAACAGUGCCUGCUUGCAGUGACCUUUUAUAACUCUUUACUGUUUUUUCCUUGUUUAUAAGAAAGAGAAACACUUUAAUCUCGUUGCUGGAUAUGGGAACAUGAAACUAAAAAAGUGUCUACAACUGUAGAAGUGCCAGAGGCUCAAAGACAUGACGUCUUUUGAAUCACAAACUUUAAUGUUAAUGGACUUUCAAAUACCUACAUGGGGAAAAAAGAAAUUGCACUGAAAACUACGUUUGUUUCUUACGUGAUGAUUGCCGUAAGGUUAACAGUGAUUUGGAGAGGCAACAAAAAAAGUUACCUUUGGAAACUUUGCAAACUGUUACAGAUUAUAACAACUGUCUAAAGUCUGUAUUUAAGUGACGACACUGCAGAAUUUAAGGAAAAAAACUCAACUCUCUUCAAAUACAGAUUUGAGAUUCUGCAGUUUCUACAGUUUUUUUUCCACUGUUUCCACCAUUGCAGAGGCUUUGGCUUCUCUGGAAUUGAAUUUACUGUGAAAGAUUAAUAAAAAUGGACAUUACCUGUUUUAUUCUGUGCCAUUAAGAAGAGGCUUUUUUACAAAAGGAUUUUCUGCUUUUUGUGAAUUUUUGUAUUUUUACCAUGUCUUUGUUGUAAAUAGUCAUUAAGUAAUAUUAUUGUUAAGAGAUGAAACAAUAAUUGUUCCUGCUUAAAGGGCAAAAAUCAUUUCUCAUCAACUUUCCUUUUUUCUUUUCCUUUACCUUCAGUUCUGUUUAGUCACAUAUUUCAUGUUGACUACAAUAAGUACCAUGUCCGAAAUUCAGAACAAAUGUAAAAAAUUGUCAAAAAACCAACAACUGAUAUUGCAGCUGAAAGUCAGAAAUAUAUUCAUGUUAGGUUUGAAAAGGCGAACUUGGGCCACAUUGCCACCCAAGACAAAAGCGGGACUGCAAAUACUCAGCUCAAAUUAAAGUUUAUCAAGUGACAGUUUAUAAGGUGAUUAAUCUAUUGAAUGGGCAGACGUCAGGAGAAACGUUGUCUGGGAGCAGUAGCUUAGGGAUCUAACAAACCGGCACCAUACGAGGAACUUAAACAUGCUCUAUGAUGAGCCAGAAUAAAUAGUUAGUCUGUAAUUCACCAGAGUGGCAAAUGUCUACUUGUGAGAAAAACUGUGAUUAGAAAUUUCUGCUCCAGUUCUGACCAGCAUUCAUACAGGCGCAAAGGCAGCAGAAUAUGCCUCCUAACAACUGUUUUACCAGAUGAGAGCACUUUGUAUUUGUGAGCCAUACAAUCACUUGGGCAAGUUUCAGUUUAAUCCACAUAAUCAGUCGAUGUUUUACUUGGGUUUAAAUGAACUACAGUAAUGUAGCUGCUAAAAUGUUACUCUGAUAACAUUGUCUGUUGCAUCAUACAACUCUAUAAGCAGUUAGUGUCCCAACAAAUUAAUGCUGUUUUACCAUAAAAGUCACUUAAAACUAAUACUACACACAUGGUGAAUGGAAACAAAGGUAAAAUGCUGAUAUAUUAUCAGACUCUUCAUUUGGCUCAGACAUGGACAAAGAAAAUGGGUAGCAGUGGAAACUAAUUAUCAUCGCAAAACAUACAGGAGGAUCAUUUAGACAGACUUAUUAUUGAUUGAACGCAGCAGAUGUUUCGCUCCACCAGGGUUAAUAAAACGUAAAAUUGCUGUAAAGAGACAACUGCUUUUUGUGCCAAGAAGUGCUUUUAAAAUUACUUUCAAAAUGACUCGUCCAAUGGAAAAGCUGAUUAUGGGCUAUGUUCAAGUUUUUAGUAUUUUCAGUUUUCUUUGCUCAAAAACCUGAUGACAUUUGCCCUUUAAAAACAUUCAUUAUUCUUACUUUUUUAAAUUUUUGUUUACAUCACUUAAAGUUUCCAGAGUUACAGUUACAGUUAGUAUAAAGAUAAAUACCUGCUUAAUUCUCACAGCACUUUUUCUACACACACCCAGUAUCAAUAAAAUAUGUACUAAAACCUCUUAAUAUUCAGUUUUAAUACAUAUUUACUUCAGAUACAGAAUGUCUAAUUCUGUGUGCAUACAAGAAACUCACCAAGCGAAUGUAGGCGUCACACACUCAAGGACUGGGGGACGGUUGCGUCAGACAUUGUUUUUUUUUAUUUUUAUCCACUGACUAGUGAUUAGUUUGGGAUAUUUAACUCAGAGGUGGAUGUGCGUACCGAGUUUUAAAGAUUGGGGAUACUCAUACAUAAACUGUUACCUGUUUGAAAGUUUGAAGGAACUAGGUGAGGAAAAAAACAACAAAUACAUCACACAAAGAAUGCAAUUCACAAAAAAAACCCCUGUGAAAACCAAUAAGCAGGGUUAAAAGAGCUGCAAUGGAGAGUUUUUAUUGAUAUAAUAAUUGCUUCUCUAUUAAACAUAUAUAACAUCUAUUCAGUUUAUAACGUUUAUGCUUUUCAUAACAGAGCAACAACAACCCUAAUACAGUAAGAAUAGCUUGACAUACUGUGAGACUGUGACAAACUUCUGGUGUUUCUGUUGUUCUUAAUCUAUUUUCCCUGGGGGAGAAAUUACUGAGCACAAUUAUGUGGUUUUAAAGAGAAGCUAUUGUGACAAUGGUAAAGCCCUGACACAUGUUGUGGUUUUGCAUACAUGCUGAUGUGCGUUUCAAGAUCAAAAGGGUCGUUUAGUUUGUCUGACCACACUCUAUUUUAUCACACCAUAAAGUGGGUGCAAAGAGACAUGAACUACAUUGGAGUCAAAUUUGUGAAAAAAUAUAUAUCCUAAAUUGCUUUUUUUAUAUGUUGUCCAUUUGUCACAUUUCUGUCUCUUUUUUUAUACAUCAAGUUCGUCCAUCAUCAGCUUCAGCUUACCGUCGUUUCCUCUACAUGUAAGUAGAGGAAACAGUUAGUUUCCUCUACGUGCAUGUACCUGGAAUAAUGUCAAUAUUCUUUGGCUAGUGAAAAUAGCAGGUUAUGUUUGUAAUAUUUUUAACAUGCUUAACACUACCUUCCCAGUUUUUUUGUUUCUCAGUUUCAGCUGUAGCAUUUCUGUAUACACUUUGCCAAUGCAGAAAAAAAAUAACAGUAUUAAAAUGCCUUAUUGUUA